UUUUUCUUAUAUAUGGCCGUAAAAUACAUAGCACUUGUCAGACAAUGAUCUUAGCCGUCGGUUAAUGCCAAGGUGAAACAAGUAGCGGAAGAAUGGAUAAUUGGAGCUCUGCAGCGUUUGUUGCAGCAGUGUUUGAGGCUCAACUGUUCCUGGCAGUGAGGGUACGCGUAUACGCGGAAGAAAUUCCGCUUUCGGUUGACAUGUUCCGUGGUAACGCGUGUAGCUGCGGUUUGCUCGGACGAAGUCCUGUCAUGGAAAGGCGAGGGGGUCUGCAACGGUGUUUGUAAAGUCAGUCCAUGUUACCGGGAUAUGGCUGCGGUGGUAGUUAUUGGAAUUUUAUAACGUUGUAGUGCAUGAAAGACAGGGGGGUGCCGUGAGGGCAUGGGCACUGGUGCCGAAUGAUAGGUAAGGACUACAAGAACGGUACGCCAUAGCUCCAUGAACAGCGCCUGAUUAAUAGCAAACAUAUAGUAUAGCACCAAAAUGUGCAUGUGGGGUAUAGCGGGGUGUAUAGUAGGCACGAGAAUGCGCCCAGGUUCACUGUCGCCUGACCUGAUCUGGCGAGCACGUGUCGACGGGCGGGAGCAAGCGCUGGUAGGAUUGCUCGCCUACGAUGGUCGACUCUCUGUGCUCUAAGAAGGUGCGGAUGCGCUCGUCGCGGUUACCGCU